CCUGUCGCCCCGGCCGGCGCUGGGCGCGGCCCCCCGGCUGGUGGCCCCCCAGCUGAUCGUGCGGCCGCCGCAGCAGACCACCAUCCAGCUGCCCCCCGGCUUCACCAUCCCGCCCGGUAUGGUCCUGGUGCGCACGGACGCUGGCCAGCUUGUGAUGGUGCCGCAGCAGGCUCUAGCGCAGGCUCAGAUGCAGGCUCAAGUACAAACCCAGGGACAAGGUCCUACCAGUAUCUCACCCAGGCUUUCGGUGCCCACCACCGGCCCCGUCUUUCGCCUGUCAACAACUCAGCAACCAACUUCUGUAGCCACCUCUACUGUGCGCCUGGGACUGCCGGUGCAAGCCAAAGUGGUGCAGUCGACCGCCACGCCAGUGAGUGCCACCUCUGCCGCCGCGCUGCCGGGGGGCUCCCUGCUCUCCCACACCACCGUAUCAGUAGCUACAACGAGCGCUCAAAAUUUAUUCAAGACAACAGUAGCAACUGGAACGACAGCUUCUCAACAGCCUGCAGUGAUUACUGGUGGACAAAGUCAAGGUCCAGCCCAAAGCCAGGGUCAGCCUCGGCUGCCGCUCCCCCCUCACACCACAGCCCAAGUACCAGCACAGCCCCAGGUCAUUCCCAGCUCUCCCCUUCCCGGAACCACCGUCGUAUCCCAGGAAAUGCAAGAGAAUGUGAAGAAAUGCAAAAACUUUUUAGCUACCCUUAUAAAACUUGCUUCUCAUAAUUCACCGUCUCCAGAAACCUCCCGUAAUGUGAAAGCUCUGGUUCAGGAUUUGUUGGAUGCAAAGAUUGAUCCAGAAGAAUUUACAGGCCGCCUUCAAUCGGAACUCAAAUCAUCUCCUCAGCCAUAUCUCGUACCUUUCCUUAAGAAAAGUCUACCUGCAUUGAGACAAUCUCUACUGAAUAGCCAACAUUCAGUUUUGCAAGGACAGCCGUCUCAGCAGUCGCUUCAGCAAACCAAGCUCUCACAAGUGAUACCUCAAUCUGCCUCCGGAAGCGUUUCCGCCGUUGUCACAACGCAGACAAUAGGAAUAAGGCAACCAAACAACAUUUGCACAGUCUCUGUAUCCAAUACAGUGCAGCCUCCUCAGGUUAAGGUGGUACAGUCAAAUCAGAGUUCUCAACUGCAGAUUAUCCAGUCAACAUCUGCUCAAACUGUGAAACGAAACCCUGCUUGCCAGACUACCCAGAUUAGGAUGCCAGUGGUAAUAACUCAGACCAUUAGACCACAAGGCACAGUAGGGAAGGCACCAACAAUACAAGCCAGCAAAAGUCCUGGGGGCUUUGGUGUUCAGGUCUCUGCAAAUCAGAAAAACAAGCUGAAUGACCCUGGAGGUGGUUCUUUCAGAGAUGAUGAUGACAUCAAUGAUGUUGCCUCUAUGGCUGGCGUUAAUCUUAAUGAAGAAAGUGCCCGAAUCAUGGCUACCAACUCUGACUUGGUUGGAACCCAGAUCCAGUCCUGUAAAGACGAGCCCUUCCUUGCUGCUAUACCUCUCCAUAAACGCAUACUUGAAACGGCUAAAAAACUAGGAAUUACUGACGUGCCAGCUGAGGUGGUUACUUAUAUUUCUCACGCAACACAAAGCAGAUUAAGAACGGUGAUAGAAAAGGUGACGGUGAUAACCCAGCACCGCAUGGAGUCGUACAAGGAUGAUGAGUGGUACGAACAAGCUACAGACGUCCGGUCCCAGUUGAAGUUUUUUGAACAGUUGGAGCGUUUGGAAAAGCAAAGGAAAGAUGAACAGGAGAGGGAAAUCUUGCUAAAGGCUGCCAAGAGUCGCUCAAGGCAAGAAGACCCAGAGCAAGCCAGACUGAAACAAAAAGCAAAGGAGAUGCAGCAGCAAGAACUGGCGCAGAUGCGGCAGAGGGAUGCCAACCUCACUGCACUGGCAGCUAUCGGUCCCCGCAAGAAACGGAAGCUCGAUUCGCCUGGACUGCUUACCGUGGGAGGAGAGGGCCUGGGCGUGUGCGGCGGCGGCGCGGGCGGCGCGGGGACGCCCUCCUCCCGGCAGUACGCACGGCAGAAGAUAACGCGCGUCAACCUCAGGGACUUCAUCUUCUACAUGGAGCAGGAGCGAGAGACGAGCCAUUCGCUCCUGCUCUACCGCGCUCUGCUCAAGUGAAGCCAGGAGCCGGACUGAUCUCUCUCCAUACGGAAGCUCAACCCGCAUCGAAAAGCUGUCAUUUUAAUGUGCCUUCUAUUUUUUUCAGAAGUCAACGUUCCAGUAAUUUUGUUUUGUAAAAUUGUCAGACACACGCAAUAAAUGCCCUUUAUGUAAAAAAAAAAAAAAAAAAAAAAAAAA